AUGGAGCCAGACAUCAUUCGAAUGUACUCUUCAUCCCCAAUACCUCUAGACAAUGGAGCAGAGGAUGAUGAUGAAUUUGGGGAAUUCAGUGGAUUUUCAGAAGUCAGCCCUUUUGGCAUAGGGUUUGUUGAUUUUGAUACACCGGAUUAUACUCGUCCCAAGGAAGAGUUUGUAUCUUCAAACCAUUUUAUGCCAAUUCAUGAUUUCUCAGAAAACGUAGAUAGCCUUACAAGCUUUAAGUCCAUUUAAAAUGGUAAUGAUAAGGACAUCACUGCUGAACUUUCUACUCCUGUGAAAGCACAGUCUGAUAUUUUACUUUGUACCACCAGCAAAGAAAUUAUUUCAUCUAAAACUUUAGAUACUUCUACUGAUGGCAUGGAAGGUCCAGGAGAUUUAAACAAAGUAAUAGAGCAGAGACAGAAUGUUGAAACACCUGAAAGUUUCUCUCCAGCAGAUUUUAGAACUGUUAUGAACAUUGUUCAUCAAAACAAGCAGUUAGAGAACUGCAAUGGUGAAAAGCCUCCUUGUCUGGAGAUUCUAACAAAUGGGUUUGCAGGGUUGGAAACUGUAAAUCCUCAGGGAACAGAUGAUCUGGACAAUGUAGCUGAUUCAAAGGGACGAAAGCCUUUGAGCACUCAUAGCACUGAGUAUAAUUUAGACUUUGCAUCUAGUCCUGCUGGAGAAUUUGCAGAUUUUGCCACAUUUUCCAAAAAGGAAAGGAUACAACUAGAAGAAAUAAGAUGUGUAGUUUUAAAUGAGAGAGAUGUUCUAACCAUUCAGGAAAACAACAAAGUUAACAGAGUCAAUGAACUGAAUUCUGUAAAAGAAAUGUCUUUGCUUAAAAGUUUUGAUGAUAAAGGAGAUACUGAUGGUGAGGAUCAGGUGUGUGUUUCAGAAAUAAGCAUAGCAACUAACAGAAGUUUCAGUGUUGAAAAACAAAGCCUUGCAAUGCUACAACAGGAUGAUUUUUUAAAUUCAAGCAAUCAGUCAAAGGUUUGGAGUUUGGUAGAUUCAGCUGAUAAUUCAGAAGCCAUUAGGAGAGAAUAAUGUAAAACUGAGGAAAAACUACAUUUAGUUACUUCAAAAUAUGCUGACCUAUGCAUGGAUUCUAUUAAAACUUUUGAUGCUGAUGAAGUUGGUUCUUCCAAAGAAGAAGGUAGAAAGUUUACUAAUUCCCAAAACUCAAACAUUGGUCCUACAGAAGAGAAUGUUUUGGAUGAUUCCAUAAGUGUAAAAAAUGGUGAUAGUAGUAAUGAAUUUGUGACUUGCAAUGAUACCAAUGAGGAUGAUUUUGGUGACUUUGGCACAGCCAGUGGCACCACUCCACCUUUCAUCACUGGUACUCAAGAUUCAAUGAGUGAUAUCACUUUUGAAGAGUCCUCAGAGCACUUUCCAUAUUCUAGUGAACCAGGUGAUGACUUUGGAGAAUUUGGGGAUACAAAUGCUGUUUCUUGCCUGGAGGAAGUGAUAUUUACUGAUUCAGACAUGAAGCAGACUUCUGAUAGUUUAUCAGAGGAAUGUCAGUUGGCAAGAAAGUCUAGUGGAACAGGCACUGGACCUAUUUCAAAACUGAAAAAUGGGCAAGAUAGUGAGUUUGGAGAUUUUGAUUCAGUGCCAAAUAUUCAAGAUGACUGCAGUGCUUUUCAAGACUCUGAUGACUUUGCAGACUUCAGUUCAGCUGGUCCUAGCCAACUUGUAGAUUGGAAUGCUUUUGGGGAUGUACAAAAAGAUGGUUGUUCCUGGGCUGCUUUUGGAGAUCAGCAGGCUACUGAAGCUUAUCAUCGAAAGGAAGUCUGGCAGUCACAUAGGACAGAUGAAAAUGUUGAUACUCCAGGAACCCCCAAGAUGCACAAUAUCCCUUCAGCAACUUCCAAAGGAGCAGUUGCUAGUGGUCAUUUACAGGAAUCAGCCACUUCCAUUCAGGGCAUGUUAGAGCCCACCAAGGAACCAUUGAAACCACUCUCUGCUGCAGAAAAAAUUGCUUCCAUUGUUCAAACAACCACCUUGACACCAGAGAUGAACACAUGUACAUCUGAUCAAUUUCAGGAGUCUCUACCACCCGUCCAGUUUGACUGGAGUAGCAGUGGCCUUACUAACCCGUUAGAUGGUGUGGAUCCAGAGUUGUAUGAAUUAACAACACCUAAGCUGGAAAUCUCCACCUCAAGCCUCAAAGUGACUGAUGCGUUUGCAAGACUCAUGUCCACAGUAGAGAAGACAAGCACAUCUACCAGGAAACCAAAAAGAGAAGAGCACUUGAGUGAAGAAGCUAUCAAGGUGAUCGCCAGCCUACCUGACUUGACAUUCAUGCAUGCCAAGGUGUUGAUGUUCCCAGCCACAUUAACACCUUCCACUGGCUCCCAGGAUCAAGCAGACUGAUAACUGACGUGAACUGGACAGUUUCAAAUGCUUUCUCUCCUCCUUCCUUCCCUACCAUCAAAAGCAUACCUGCUCUAAUUAAAGAAAAUUCAAGUUCAGCUGAUUUGUUGGUAAGCCGCACUAGAAAGUUAUACAUAGUAAUGUAUAUUUAUUUACAUACUGAAGUCCUAAAUUUAUAUUAGAAAAAAAUGUAAAUAAUUGGGGGUGAACAUUUUUGAAGAUUUAUUCUUUUUGUGUUGCUGGGGUGUAUACAUUUAUGUCUUUGUGAAAUACACUGGUGGU